AUGAUUUAUCUGAAAUCUGUGAUCAAAGUUAUCGACAAUUCCGGUGCCCAGAUGGCAGAGUGCAUCAAAGUUUUGAGAAAAGGUUCACCCAAAUCGCCUGCCAACAUUGGCGAUAAGAUCGUUUGUGUGGUGCAAAAGGCUAGACCUUUGACUCAAAAUAUCACAGGUACGUCGAACACCAAUCGUGUGAAGAAAGGAGACAUCGUGCAUGCAGUUGUGGUGCGUACGAAACAAAAGAAUAUGGCGCGUGCCGAUGGAUCCACGGUAAGUUUUGGCGAUAAUGCAUGCGUUUUAAUCAACAAGAAUAGUGGCGAACCGCUAGGCUCCAGAAUAAUGGCCAAUGACGGUUGUGUAAGCAGAGAACUGAGAGAUAAAGGAUUUAACAAAAUCUGCUCUCUAGCAAGUCGAGUUCUAUAG